AUGCCCGCGCGGCCGAUACAUCAAGAUCGAACUGACCAACAUGAACCUGCUUGGGAAGGACAGCUUCAGUCUGAUCAGCCGCAGCCGCAGUUGCAUGUCCCUGAAUCAAACCUCAGCGACUCGGAAUCGCUGCAAAAUGCUCUCGACGACGACGACAAUGCUCUGGUCCCAAUGCGCUACCCGGCCCUGAGGGAGGCAUUCCUGGCAUCCCUCGAGGACAAGAAAGAUGUUAUCGAGGCAACAGUUCGACUCCAUCUGGGGGUUCGGUCCUGUCAUCUGAGCGUCCGAGAGGUCUGGAGAUCAGGCUCGUUCAGCGUCGUUCUUCCCAUCCUCAUUUCGCAAACUCGAACUGUCUUUAUGCGCAUCCCUUUCCCGUAUCGCAUUGGCGAAGACCACUGUCCGGGGAAUGUUGAAGAGAAAUUGCGGACCGAGAUUGCCCCCUAUAUAUGGCUGCGUCAAAAUUGCCCUGAUAUCCCAAUCCCCGAAUUGCAUGCCUUUGGGUUGCCUGACGGGUCAACGUUCACACAUCCACUCCACACUCCUUUCUGGGAAAAAGCUUGGUGGAUGUUGAAACGAUUCGGCUGCUCGCUGCUUGGCCGCCCGAUACCUGUCCAUCAUGUUAAACGGACUAUUCGUCACUCAACCACCCCUGGAUUUCUGCUCAUAAGCGAGGCACGCGGCAAAAAGCUGGCCUGGUCGUGGCUAGAUCAUUAUGACAAGAAGGCAUACCGAGACCGACUGUUUCGCAGUCUUGCGCGUAUAUCACUUUCGCUGAAAGCGGUUCCCUUUCCACGCAUUGGGUCAUUGAGGUUGCAGCCAGAUGGAUCCCUCGCGCUGUGCAACCGGCCGCUUAGCCUCUAUCUGCAGAUGUUGGAGAACGAGGGCAUUCCAACGCAUAUUCCGCUCCAUCGCUUAUACGCCCAAGUCGAAUCUUACCUCUCGGAUCUUCUCUCAUUCCAGGAUAACAAAGUUCGGCACCAACCCAACGCAGUACAUGAUGAGGAAGACGGCAAGUUGCAGCUCGCCGCGCUUACCGGCAUGCGAGCCACCAUGCACCACUUUAUCCGGCCAGAAUGUCGCGAUGGACCGUUCUUCCUUCAUCUGACAGACUUGCACCAGAAAAACAUCUUUGUCGACCAAGACUGGAAUAUUCAGACAAUCAUCGAUCUUGAGUGGGCGCACACCUUGCCUUUGGAAAUGCAUCUGCCCCCAUAUUGGCUUUCGUCAAGGAUAGCGGUUGACAGUUUUGAAGACCAAGCUGCAAUUGACGACUAUGAGGCUAUACUGGAAGAAUAUUGGGCAAUCUACGAGGCUGAGGAAAAGAAGCGCAAUGGAACCAUUGUCGAUGUAGCAAUCCAGCGUGAUACCUGGGCCAGAGGGAGCUUUUGGUACUUUCAUGCUGUUCGAGUGCCCAAAGGCAUGUAUACGCUAUUCAAUAGGCAUAUCCAGCCACUGUUCAAUAAAGAACAUCCUGAUCGGAAAAUUUUUGACGAAGUCUUUUAUUGGUACUGGGGUUCUGGCGCAGAGGGCUUUAUAGAGAAGAAGCUUAGAGAUAGGAAAGAGUAUGAAGCUAGCGCGAGGGCCGCGUUUAAGGAAGGUUCGUUAAAAAACACUUAG